AUGCGCUUUUUGAAUCGACCGCGCGACGACGCGGGCGCGAACGAGACGCGAGGAGGGCGCGCGGUGGCGCGCGCGGGCGCGAGACCGGGCGCGGGGAAUCGGUUGUAUAACUUUUCGGCGGGACCGGCGACGCUGCCGUUGGACGUGCUCGAGGAGAUUCAACGGGACUUGGUCGAUUAUAAGGGCAGCGGGAUGAGCGUGCUGGAGAUGUCGCAUCGAGGGAAGGAUUACAUGGCGAUCGCGGAGAAGGCGGAGAAGGAUCUGCGAGAGUUGGUUGGAAUUCCUGAUAACUAUAAGGUGCUGUUUUUGCAAGGCGGGGCGUCGACGAUGAUGGCGUCUAACUGCCAUAACUUGGCGGCGGCGACGGACAGCGCGGAUUUCGUCGUCACCGGGGCGUGGAGCGUCAAGGCGCAAAAAGAAGGGGCGAAGAUGCUCGCGAAGGCGAAUGUGAUCGCGUCGUCUAAGGAUCAGUCGUUCACGACGAUUCCGGACGUUAAGGACUGGAAAUUCACCGAAGGAUCCAAGUUUGUCCACAUCUGCUCCAACGAAACCAUCGGCGGCGUCGAGUUCAAGGAAGUCCCGGACGUGGGCAACCGCGUGCUCGUCGCGGACAUGUCUUCCAACUACUUGUCCAAGCCGAUUGAAGUUGAAAAGUACGGUAUCAUUUACGGUGGCGUGCAAAAGAACAUCGGUCCGGCGGGCAUGGGUAUCGCCAUCGUUCGCGAAGAUUUGAUGGGCAACACUCGCGCGGAUACCCCGUCCAUGUUCGAUUACAAGCUCAUGGCUGACAACGACUCCAUGUACAACACCCCGCCGUGCUUUACGUGGUACGUCUCUGGUCUCGUCUUCGCCAAGCUUCUCAAGGAUGGUGGUCUCAAGGCGAUGGAGCAGCGCAACAUCGAAAAGGCGAAUGUUUUGUACGGCGCCAUCGACGGGAGCGGCGGCUACUACGUCUCCCCGGUUGACACCAAGUACCGUUCCUUGAUGAACGUCCCUUUCACCUUGGCAGGAGGUGAAGAAUUGGAAAAGAAGUUCCUCGCCGAAGCCAAGGCUGAGGGCUUCGAGGCGCUCAAGGGUCACCGCUCCGUUGGAGGCGCGCGCGCGUCCAUUUACAACGCCAUGCCCAAGGAAGGCGUCGAAGCGCUCGUGUCCUUCAUGAAGGAUUUCCAAGCUCGCAACGCGUGA